CUAUCCUACAAGUUCCAUCUUCAAUUUUUGUCACACUUUCAUUGGACCCUUCACUUUAAUCCUCAACUAACCCAUUCCCCAAUUGAAACCACGCAUUUUCCACCGUUUUGUUUCAUGUGUUUCAUCAACACACACAAAAACAGAAAAAAAAUCAGCUCAGAAAAGUAAAAAAAAAAAUCACAGUUUCUUGAAGGAAUUUUUCUGGUAAGUUCUACUCAGGAUCUGCAAAUCAUACUUGGCCACCAAUAAUGACAACUGAUACAACAGCUCCAAGUUAUUGGCUGAACUGGAGAUUUUUACUCUGUGCAAUAUUCAUAUUAGCAGCUAUGUUGGUUUCAAUUCUCAUUAUAUGGAAGUAUGAAGGUUCAUCAAAGUCGAGAAGCCACCGAAGAGAGAAUGGGCAAAAGAAAGAUGAUGUUUGGAAGACAUGUUAUAAAGCAAUCCAUCCUAAUUGGUUGCUUGCUUAUAGACUAAUUGCUUUCGCCCUGCUUCUGUCUUUACUCAUCGCAGAUGUAGUUCUCCAUGGCGUACGCAUACUUUAUUUCUAUACUCAGUGGACAUUCACCUUGGUUACAGUCUACUUUGGGCUAGGAUCUUCAUUGUCCAUCGGUGGCUGUCUCCAAUCUCGCAAGGGAGGUAAUGGUGUUAGCGCUAAUGGUGUUGAUGCAGAACGAGGCACUUACACUGCUCCAGUUGAAAAUGCAAGUGAACUUGUUGUAUCCAAUGGCUUGAAUUGCCAUGACGAGCCACAUAUUAGAGAAGCUGCCGAUCCUUGGGGCCUUGCCUUUCAAAUAAUCUUCCAGAUGACUGCAGGUGCCGUUGUGCUUACAGAUUGUGUUUUUUGGCUCUUAAUCUACCCAUUCCUCACUGACAGAAAUUACAGAUUACAUUUUCUGGCUGUUUGUAUGCAUUCUGUCAACGCUAUUUGCCUUCUAGGUGAUGUGUUUAUAAAUCGUCUACGGUUCCCUUUCUUCCGUAUAGCAUAUUUUGUUCUUUGGACAUGUGUGUUUGUCACUUUCCAGUGGAUCCUCCAUAUUUUUGUCUCGCUGAGGUGGCCAUAUCCGUUUCUAGAUUUGUCAUCGCAAUAUGCUCCCCUUUGGUAUGUGUCUCGUACGAACUUUUGCACUCGACGGCAUGGCGUCUUACAUCCAAUUUUUGGCUUUCCAGUUUCUUAUUUUCUUCUAAUACAUUGCAAAACUAAUUGGGGACUUUGAAUUUCCAAUAAGAUAAUUUCAUACAACAAGUUAUCUUAGGAAAAGAAAUACUUUUCUCACAAUUGUACAACUCCUGUAUAGGGGUGUCAAAUGGGCAGGUUGGGCUGAAUUUGAGCGGGUCAAAAUGAGUUAAGCUAAUGAAUGGGUGGGUCAGUUACUUGGUCUGAAAUGACUAAGAAACGGGUCAUAAUUCAACCGGCCUAAUUCUUACUAAGUUAUAAUUUCUUUGUUUUUUUUUUUUUCGUUUUUUAUUUUUAUUUUUAUAAUUUGUUCAAGUACCUAAUAAGAUUUUUUUUCUCUUUACUACUAUAAAACAUAUCAAACCCAAAAAAAAAAAAUGGUAUUUUUAAAAAACAUUUUGACAAAGUUUCUCUUGAAGUAAAUUUGGGCUACAUAUCAGCCCAAUUUUCAAAUGGGCUGAAUUGGGUGGGUCAAAAUGGGCUGACUUAAAAAUGCGGGUUAGGCGGAUCAUGUUUUUAUGGGCUAAUUUUGUUACCCCUAAAUGUAUCUGUAGUUUGAAACAAAAUAGAGUGGUGAUAGACUAUGAUUCAGAUUUCACGAGUUCAUACAUAGAGAUGAGCAAAUUAGUAUAUGCGCAGUUGUUGGUGCGUUUAUUUGUGCCCUUCAUGUUUGCACACAAAUGUGAAA